AUUGUCAGUGUUGCCACAGCGAUGAUGUUAAAGCGUUAUAUUUGCGCUGUGAGUCAACGGACUACUUUCACUGGUUAUCAGGGGGUUGUGUUGGGGAUUAACUAUCCGUGAGGCGUCCUCAGGCUCUCCAGCUAUGGUGCCAUCCAGCUUUUAAAGUUUUUAAAGGAUGCAUACAACACGCAGCCCUUCGUCCAUCCCGUCAGGUGUCUCAGGAGACGCCCUGGAUCUCAGCUUGUCAGGCUCCCAGCUGUCUAUGUCCAAAAGGCCCAGCAGUGCUUCGCCGGGGAAAUACUUCUCUCGCUCUGUGUCUGUCUCUGUGGCGGGUGACAGCAGAGGCAAACGCAACACUUUAAGCGACACCAGCUUUGGCAGCUCGCGAUCCAUCAAGAACUUGAGGCGGUCCAACAGCACCACGCAGGUCAAUCAGCAGGCCAACAUCAGUUUAAGUGAGGACCAGAGGGAGGACUUCUUGGCCCUGUUUGACAGCGGCUCCGAUGGACGCAAGAAGUUGGCGAGCCUGAGCAAGACCUCGCCAGACAGAACCACAUGGAACAUCCUGGACGACCAGCCGAGAGCUUUCCCCCUGCACUCCAGCUCCCGCAGCACCGGCAGCAUGGACUCUCCCACCAGCCUGAAGAAACGAGAGCCUGGCAUCGCUCUGGCUGCCAGCUUCACUGCCAACAACAGGAGCAACAAGGGAGCUGUGGGUAACUCUGUCACCACCAUCUUACACAACAACUACUCGGAGAAGCCGCUCACACCUAAGAGCUCCAACCAGAAACCUUCCUUCAAUAACAUCCUGAAGGCCACGGCGAACGACGAGGUGUCGCUGGAGAGCGGCUCCCUCACUAAGUCCCAGAAAAACUUCUCCACCACCUCCCCCGCCUCCAACAACAAAUCCCCAGUGUCAGCUCAGCGCGGCAGCCCUGUCCUGCUGCGGAGGAGGGAGGUGACAGAGGAGGAGGCUGAAAGGUUUAUCCAGCAGGUGAAUCAUGCGGCGGUCACUAUUCAGCGCUGGUACAGACGCCAUGCCAAGAGGCGACACGCUAACCAGGCGGUGCUCAAACGCAUCCUUGCCAGUAAAAGAAAGGAGUGGGAGGAGAGAACAGAGGAGGAGAGGCGCCUGGAGCAGCAGCAGAAGAAGGACGAAGACAGGAAACGGAUUCGUGAGGAGAAAGCUCGUCUUGCCCGCCUCGCUGCCAUCCAGGAGCUGCAGCAGAAAAGAGCUCACAAGGCUGCAGCAGACACACAGCACGCAGCUGAGGCGGAGCCUGAAAACCUGAGGCAGACCGCUGUGGUAGGCCGAAAGAAACCGCCCAAGAUUUCCCCGACCAACAAAAGUCCAGCCUCGCCGAGCAACAACAACCCGAUGUCGCCCACAGAUGUUAAGACGAAGAACACAGACUCUAAUCUGAAUGUUGUGGCUGGCUUGGGUGAUCUGACCUUCAGGGCCAUUUCCCCAGCUUUGUCCAAUCACAGAGGCUCUCAGUGCUCCCAGGAGGACAGAGCAGAGGAAGACAAUUCCCAGGAGCAGCAUCAGACGAGUGAGAGGAAGCCGAUCCGUAAGGAGAAAGCUCGCCUGAUCCGCCCCACUGCUACCAAAACAAACACGCAUGAUGGACUGCAGCACAUAAAAGUGCAGCAGGGCGCAGAGACGCAGCACGCUCUGGAGGUGGAGUUGGAAAACUCGAGGCAGGCUGGUGUGGGAGGACGUAAAAAACCGCCCAAGAUUUCCCUGACCAACAAAAGUCCAGCCUCACCGAGCAACAACAACUACCCGAUGUCACCCACAGAUGUUAAAACAAAGAACACAGACUCUAAUUUAAAUGUUGUGGCUGACUUGGGCGAGCUCAGCUUCAGAGCCGUUUCCCCAGCUCUGUCCAAUCGCAGAGGUUCUCAGUGUUCCCAGGAGAUCCUGCAGAGGUCGGUGAGCGUGGAGGACCAGAGGCAGGGAGCCUCGUCCAGCAGGGCUCAGUCUAAAACCACCCUCAACGAGCUGCUGGACACCCUGAAGCUAUUAGAGGAGGAGCCAGAGAGGCUGUCAGAGCCGAAGUGCUACCGCAAAGAGAAAUACGCCUGGAUUGAUGAGGACGGGGACUCCAACUCUCUGACCACUGAUAACCUGGAGCGUCACGGCCAGCUGAGCCACCACCCUGCGCUGCCAGAUGGGGGCGCCCUGCUCUCUGAGGCCAAGCUGCAGAGUAUCAUGAGCUUCCUGGAUGAGAUGGAGAAGUCAGAGCAGGAGAGGCCUCGCUCUGUCACCUCAGGAUCACACCGAGAGGCUGUUUUGUCUGAGGAGGAGCUGGCCGGUGUCGAGCAGGCGUCGGCCACUGCUGCCGAACUCACCGGCUCCAUGAUGAGGAUCAAACUGGAGCUGGAGGAAAAGAAACGCACCGUCAACAUGCUGCAGACCGCUCUGGCCCAGCAGAGGGAGCUGACGAUAAGACAUGUGAAGGAGACGGAGAGGGAGCUGAGCAGGAACUUCCAGCUCCAGAAGGAACAAUAUGAAUCCACCAUCCAGAGACACCUCACCUUCAUCGAUCAGCUCAUCAAUGAUAAAAAGGCUCUGAGCGAGCGCUGUGAAGGAGUGGUGGGAGAACUGAAGCAGGUGGACCAGAAGUACACCAAGAAGAUCGCACAGAUGCAGGAGCAGCAUGAAAUGGUGUGGCAAAUUCUCGGUCCCUUGUGCGAGGAGAUCAAGAAGUUAAAAGACCUGAUGAGUGCCACGGAGAAGAUCCGACGGGAGAAAUGGAUCGAUGAGAAAACCAAGAAGAUCAAAGAGAUCACAGUCAAAGGCCUUGAGCCCGAGAUCCAGAAGCUGAUCUCUAAACACAAACAGGAGCUGAAGAAGCUGCGGACGCUCCACGAGGCGGAGCUGCUGCAGGCGGACGACCGGGCCGCCCAGCGCUACGUCCGGCAGUGCGAGGAGCUCCGUCAACAGCUGGAGAAGGAGAAGGAGGAGCAGUGCCAGAGAGAGCGGGAGCUAGCUAAACAGAGAUAUGAGAAGCAGCUUCAGGAGGAGGAGGUGUCUCUGCAGCAGCAGCGCAGGCGUCUCUACAAGGAGGUCGCUGAUGAGAAAGAGAGGCUGGCCCAGCUGGCUGCAAGGCAGCGCGCCGAGCUGGAGGAUCUGCGGCGGCAGUUGGAGGAGAACAGCUCUCUGGCUGGACGAGCCCUCAAAGAAGAGCUGGACAAGACCAGAGAGGAGCAGGAGAGGAGACAUCAGGUGGAAAUGAAGGCGUUACAGGAGCGUCUGGACAUCGAAAAGCAGACGUGGGAAGAAAACUACAAGAAGAAAGAGGAAGCGUGGCUGCUGACCCGUGAGCGCGAGCUAAAAGAAGAACUGCGAAGAGAACGUGACAAAGAGAUAGAGCUCGCCAUCUGGACGCUGGAGGAGGAGACCAGCAAGGACAAAGAGGAGUGUGAGAGGGCAGCGGAAAACAGGCUAAAGCGCGUGAGGGAAAAGUACGAGGCCGAGCUGAGGGAGCUGGAGCGCUCUGAGAGGACGGCGGUGGAGAAGCAGCAGGAACUGAGGAAGCAGCAAAUGGAGACGGAGGGAGAGCUGAUCAGACUGCAGGCCGCGCUUAGACAGAAAGAACAGGAGACUGAAGAGAUCACGCAGGCCAGGGACAAGUUGGCGGAAGAGCGCCGCAGCCUGGCGGAGGUAAUAAGGCAGGAGUUUGCCGACCGCUUGGUGAUGACGGAGGAGGAGAACCGCAGGUUGAAGGUGGAGGUGUCAGAAGUCCGAGCGAGGAUGCGGCUGGAGGUGGAGAGGGUCACACGGGAGAAAGAGGAAGAACUGGCAGAAGUCCACCAACGAGUGAAGUCGGCCAUCUUGAAGAAGGAGGAAACCGUCAACAAUCUUCGGAAGCAGCACGAGGCCGCCCUGAAGAGGGCGGAUCACUUGGAGGCCCUGUGGGAACAGCAGAGGAAGCAGCUGCUGGAGAAGUGACAGACAGAAUGUCCACCAAGUUUCAUCUCUCUGUGGACCUUUUCAUUAGCACCCCCCCUCCCCCCGACACGCCGGGGUCCAACCAUUGUGAUGCUGCUUUUUUUUUGUUUGUUUGUUUUUCCUGCAGCGAGGCGGGACCUGUGGACCCUUUGAAAGUUGAACAAGUUUCUGAAUUUUGCCCUACCUCACUUUAAAAAUACAAAAAUUGGUAAAAGCACUGCGUACACCCCCCUCACCCCGUUCCCCCGACACUCACGAAGGAGCAUGUUGUGUUUGAACGUCCUCAUUUAAAUGUCACAGACCAGGUGGACUUCCUGUCCUUUUGUUUUUUUUGGGUGAAUGAACCUCCUCUUUCCUCUUCCUGUCUGGGGAGCAGAAAUGUUCCCCACAGAUGUGCUUCAUCGAACAGUUCCAGAUGUUUCUCAAACCAGCCUGGGCCUGCACUGGUGUGAAGUGGGACACAGUGGGGGUUGUUCUUCUUUCUUCUGGAGGGCCACUCACAACCAAGGUCUGAGAUCAGCCAUCAGCAUGAGAGCUGACACAGAGCUUCUGCCCUUUUUUUUUCUGUUGAGUCAUGCAUUUUUGUCCCAGCGUCCCCUCAAGGCCAGCGCUAAUUACAGGAUCCAUACCUCCCCCCCACUUCUCACUGCAGCUCAGCUCUGAGCAGUUUGUUUUUAAUGUGUCUUCAACCAAACUUUAGACCUAACGAAGCGGUUUGAGGAAAUUUACCAACACAGAUUUCAGACGUUAGAUAGAGAGCGUGUAGGAUGUUGUUAGAAAGAGCGAUGAGACGUGUAGGCAACUUAAAGGAAACUGAGCGGAGGAGAGCUUGUGGUCAGAUGAUUGCAGAGUGGCUUUUGAAUGUAGGGAAGAGAAAAAAGAGAGAAGCGGGACUGAGGUAGAUGUUGGGUGAAGCAAAGGAGGAAUGCGCAUAGAAAAUGUUUAUAGGAUUAGGAAAGCAGAGCUGGGACCGAGCAGGGUGGUUAGGUGGAUUUAAGGGGGCACAAAUCAUGUGACCAGAGGUAUGUUUAGAGCCGAGCUUCAGAGGCUGCGUUGUGACAAACCAUGACUCAAACAUGCGUAAUAUCGGAGUCUGUCUCUCUUCUGUUUCAUUUUUACCUAAUUUCUCGACCCUAAAGAUAUGUCGAAGAUCCUCUCGCGGCUACAGAAAGUCCUUGGGGGGGGGCUCGUAGAUUGAGUAGGGGAGGGGUGAGGCGGCCGUGUGUUGCAGAGAGAAACUCUAAACAUGGAAGUAAGGCCUGUUAUUUAGGUACAGGAUGAUGUGACUGCAAAAGCCCCCGCAGUCUCAAAAUUAGACCCCAGAUAAGAAAAUAUUUAUUCUUUCUUCUUUAUUUAUUUAAGGACUCGUACACGACCUUCGUGGUGUAAUAUGUCCACAGAAAGGUCAAGGUUGUGAAGGAAGCUUUUCUCAAACCUUCUCAAGGCAAAACUGUAUUUUAUUCCUCCUGUGAGGAACAUUUACACGGUUACUAAGUGUGACGGUGAGACCUUAACAGGUCCAUUUUUAGUCGAUCUAAAUACAGUAUGUCAGGUUUUUUCUGACCUCCAAGUCGUCCAAGCCACAAUGUGUGAAACGUAAUCCGCUGGGACCCUGCUGGUUUAAAGUCGGUUUAGUUUGGCCACAUGGUUAACCAUUAAACCUGAAUCAAUGUUAACCCUCCCUGCUGAGCACAGAUAAUAAAAAAAACAAAAAUCCCACAUGCGUGGCUGAUGUGUCACACGCUCCCCGAGUUUCACUGUGAGUCAGUGUGGAGGCCUCGAAGCUGAUGCCGCCACUGCGGCCGUCGGCAGAGCAGGCGGAGGGCAGCUGGGCUCGGACCCGACAGGGGCGGCGAUGUGAGUUGGCAUUCCUCACGCAUGCCCGUCCUACAAGUGCCAAUGAGCCUCUCUUUUGUGUGUUUGCAUGUGUGUGUGUGUGUGUUUGCGUGCUUCCUCUCCUCCCCAUUGUGACCUGAAUUGACCCACACACACACACACACACACACACACAUUCACUGCAGCAUUAUACGAAGCAUUCCAGCUCUCUCCUGUUCAGCAUUUCCACAUCCAUAGCUCUUGAAUGCACUAGUUUAUUUUAUUUUAGUCUGUUUUUUAUGAUUAUUCAUUGUGAUUCUUUGAAAAACUGUGAAGAGAAUAAAAAGCAAAGAAUGUUUGAAAACA